AUGACGAUGCCCACCGUCGCAGCCAUGGCCAAGGCUGGGAUGCCGUCCGCACGUGCAUCGCAUGCGCCAAUGCAUGCUGAUGAGAGGAUCGAAAACGGCACUUCACAGCUGAAUGCACUGGCCACGCCUCAGCCUUGGCCUGCCCAGGAUCGGUGGGCUGAGCUGCGGCCUAUAAUCACCAGGUUGUACAGGGAGGAGAAUAAGACUUUGAAGGAUACAAUGGAAAUAAUGGAGCGGGAGCAUAAUUUUUCUGCCACGGCGAGGAUGUACAAGACCCGCAUCAAGAACUGGGGUCUGGACAAAAAGUUCAAGGCAAAAGAGGUCCUCGUGAUGCUUCAAGCGCAGAAAGAACGCCAGAGUGAUAACAAGGAGACAGAGUUUGUCGUACGCGGCCACAAGGUCGACCAGCGUCGCAUGAAACGCUACCUGCAACGCAACAAAAUCGUUCUAGAUCGCUUCAAGGAAGGCGAUCUGCCAUCUGACGAAACGGCUACCACAUACAAAUCAUCGGUCUCCAGGUCACCCGAAGGCGGUUCGCCAGAGUCCCGUUGCAGUGCCGGCAGCACUGGUACCCGCCGGCUCUCCAGGGGACGUCGAACUUCGGCUACUGUCGUCCACGUACGCACACCUUCGCCGGAGCCAGUGAGCAGUUCAUGGCAAUGCGUUACAACCACCGAACCGAGUUCGCCAAGGCCCACUCUCGGCCUCCCAGGUCCAGUCAUAGAUGCAGAGAGGCUUCUCCACGCAGUGAGAUCAUAUAUUGGCGGCUCAUUCGCAGCUGGUACAUGGUUCUAUGAUGCCUUUGGGCGCAUCCAGAGCCGGAAGGGAGGCACCGCCGAUUCGCUUUUGCUUGACACCUGGACCAGACUUGAGGUUGUGGCCUCGGGCAUGGCUACGAAGCAGGACGUCAAGGUUUUUGGUACAUUAAAUCCGGCCUUUGAGUCUCUACAAGAAAUCGUGCGAGAGGAGGCGCCACUUCUCAUCAGUCGUAUGCUGCGGCUGUCACGCAAGCUCGAGCUGCUCCAAAAUCGCCAACUCUGGGCCGUCCUGGUUGAGUACAUUGGCGAGCAGACCUUGCGAAUCCUGGGCCCAACUCAUGUCAUGAACAUCAUAUGGCAGCAGUUUCGCGACAUGGAUGUGGGGACUGACGAAGAAGUUCUUGACCGCGCCUUCAUGCUCAUUGUCGCAGAGUUCGACAGAUGCUGCCCAUCCGCGACAAACUUUGGCGUGCUCGAAGCUUACCGGGACCACUUUGACACCGUGUCAUCUCCCUCUCGCCGUCGGAAUCUGGAGGCCCAGGAGGUGAGUCUACGUCAGACGUUGGCGCUUAUGCCAGCGCAUGCGAGUGGUACACCUCCGUUGCAGGGCUUGCUCCUGCGGAUGCGCAUAACCUCAUCUCUUGUCGCUUGUGAGAAGGGCGAAUAUGCACGCGCCGAGAAGAUCCUGUUCGAAACCUCAUUCGCCGAAUUUGCAUGCCUCGGCCCUUGGGCCGUUGCCUCGCAACAUGCAGCCCUCGGACAUAUACUGGUCGCCAAGAAAGACUGGAUUCGAGCGGAGCAGGCAUUUCUUGCCGCCGCUGCACAGGUCGAGGGUGCUACGGGGUAUCAGAACGAAAGCUGCUGUGAACGUAUGCUGGCAAACCUCGAGCGCCUUUACACAUCCACGGGCCGAUAUCAUGACGCCACUGAAAUGCGCGACCGUAGAUUGAGGAGGCUGCUACAGCAGUCACAACAGCUGGGCCUGUCGCGGGGGCUACACUUUCAGGCGGACCGCGAAAUAAUGCCAUAUUCAAUGGUGAAGUUGGAAUCUCUAGACAAGCUAUGA